AUCCUGUCUCCGUCGACAUGGCCAGCACGGACGAGCCUGCUUCAAACACCGCAUCAUCGUCCACUCACCAAACUCAAGCUGAAUCCAGCACAACUUCUUCGAUGCCCGAUAUCACCCAGCUCUCAUUCGACCACAACCCAGACAUCUUCACCAUCGUCUGCUGCAACGACAGCUUCCAGCUUGCCCUCGAUCACAGCACCAUCAAGACCCUCCUUCGAGUGUGCAAACGUGCCCAACCCCUCCUGAGCUCCAAGGUGCCUCGCUUCUACACCUGGUGCCAGAGUAUGGAGCUACUCAAUCCAGAUGGACAGAUGCAGAUCGGCCUCACACCGAGCGACCAGAUCGCCAUAUCGCUGCACUGCGAGGAUCAAGUCCCAGUUGGCCGAUCCUGGCUCGUUGCUCUGGCGAACCAAGGAAACGCAUUUGCCUCGUAUCUCCUGGCUCGAAUGUUGCAAUCUGAGAUCGACUCCCAAACAGACGAUGACGAUGAGCCUGAAGAGAAUACCAAGCAACAGCAAGUCUUCAGCCUACUCGAAGCAACAGCCAACGCAAGACAUACCAUGGUACACUUCCACCUGGCCGAGUGUUAUAGCAAAGGUGUUGGGGUCGACCAAGACCACACCAAGGCUGUCGAGCUGUAUCGCAGUCUUGCAGAUCACGGAAUCCCUCAGGCCCAAGUUGCCCUCGGACGAUGCUAUGAGAAUGGCGAUGGUGUCGACCAAGACUACGAGACUGCCAUUGAGUGGUACUCAAAGGCUCCCGACCAGGGCAGCGAAGAUGGUCGACUCCAUGUCGUGUUCCUCCGUGGCUGGUUCUCGUUCAUCGGCCAUGGUGUCAAACAGAGCGACGCUGAUGCUUUCAAUCACUGGCAUGAAGUCAGCAACCUGUCCGCCGACCCGAUUAUCAAGUCCAUCGCCACCCACAUGGUCGGGUGGAUGCACUAUCUCGGCCGGGGCACCGUGCGAGACGAACAGAAAGGUGUCAAGAUCAUCCGCGAUAACCAAUCAGAUGGGUUCAAGCUCGGAGAGGACGAGUGUCUGGCAGGAUUUCUGAACGAUAUUUUGUCCGACUCACCCGCACCACGCAAGUUCUUCAAUCUCUGCCAGCUGGGAUCGGAUCGGGACUGGCUGUGCGAGCAUCUUAUGGGUGUAUGCAUGGCCAACGGAUUCGGGACCACAAAGGACCGGAAGAAGGCCGCUGCCAUCUUCGAACAACUCGCCGCCGACGGCCACAGCGACAGCCAGUUGUGGAUCGGAGUGUGCUAUUGGUGCCACGGGGGAGUAUCGGGUUAUCGAAAGAAGGCAUUCAAGUGGUUCAUCAAAUCGGCCGACCAAGGCAACUCGUUUGGGCAGUAUUGGGUUGGAGACUGCUACUUUGAUGGAUUAUAUGAACUGACCAAGAGCCGCACCAAGGCGGUCGAGUGGUAUCGCAAAUCAGCCGAGCAGGGCAAUCGGUACGGACAGAACAACCUGGGCCAUUGCUACCAAUAUGGCCGUGGUGUCCCCCAGAACAUCGACACCGCCGUCUUCUGGUUCCGCAAGUCCGCCGAACAAGGCGACGAAGAUGCCAUCGGCAACCUCAAGGAACUCGACCAGUGGCCCUGAUCAUCAAUUAUCAUUCCUACUGCCAUCUCAUCAUGACCGGACCUGUAGUCCGAGCAGGCAACCAAACCAUGGAACCCCGAAACGAGCAGAUCCCAGACCUUGACUUGACAAGUAGUUCCGAUGAAGCGGUAAUGGCCGAGUGGUGUUGUAUUUGAUACUCAAUACAUCCAAUACAUCCAAUAUACAAUAGUGCCGUCCCAUAACAAUCGCUGAUGUUGAUCGACUGAGAGAACAU